AUGGGCAAGCGAAAGAAGUCAAGCCGAGGACCGCAAGGUCCUAAGAAGAGAGAACCUCUUGCGACCACUUUUGCCUGCCUCUUCUGUAACCAUGAGAACUCGGUCAUAGUCAAGCUUGACAGAAAGCUCGGCUUAGGAAAUCUAUCGUGUAAAGUGUGUGGUCAGAGAUUCCAAACGGGUAUUAACUACCUUUCUGCUGCUGUUGAUGUCUACUCAGACUGGGUUGAUGCUUGCGAUUCCGUCGCAAAGACGAAAGCCAAUGAUUAUGAUCAACGCGAUUCCCAGAUUAAUUACUACCAAGGUCCACCGUCACCAAAGGACCGGCCAGAAACAGAUCUGGAUAGCCCUCGUGAUGAUUAA